GCCGACGAUCCUUGCCAAGGUGCCCAGAUUUCCAUUCGCCACUUUGAGCGCAGUCGUUUCGUAUGCUGCUUCGCCGGACCGCGCUCCACCGCCUGAGCCGCAGCAGCCGCGUCUUCAGCGCCGCUGCGCCGCCCAUGAAGCACUAUCUGACCGAGUACCGCAAGAGCAUCGACGACCCGGAGGCGUUCUGGGACGAAGCCGCCAAGGACAUCCACUGGUUCAAGCCGUACACCAAGGUCCUCGACAAGACCAACGCGCCGUUCUACAAGUGGUUUCCCGACGGCGAAAUGAACACGUGCUACAACGCGCUCGACGUCCACGUCGCCAACGGCAAGGGCGACGCACCGGCCAUCUUUUACGAGAGCCCCAUGACCGGCACGAAGCGCACGAUCACGUACGCCGAGCUCCUCGAGCACGUCGAAGUCCUCGCCGGUGCACUCGCCCGCCAAGGCGUCACAAAGGGUGACCGCGUCGUCAUCUACAUGCCCAUGAUCCCGGAGACCGCAAUGGCGAUGCUGGCCUGCGCCCGCCUCGGCGCGAUCCACUCGGUCGUGUUUGGGGGCUUCUCGGCCAAAGAACUCGCCGUGCGGCUCGAAGACGCCAAGCCCAAGGUGGUGCUCAGUGCGAGCUGCGGCCUUGAGCCCAAGGGCAUCAUCGAAUACGAGCCGAUGCUCAAGGGCGCGAUCGAGCUCUCGGCGCACAAGCCGGAACUGUGCGUUGUCUACCAGCGCCAGAAGCGCCACUACAACCUCGGCGAGAAGGACAUGUCGUGGGCCGACUUUAUCGAUGGCGCGACGCCGCAUGCGUGCGUGCCCGUCAAGUCGACCGACCCGCUCUACAUUCUAUACACGUCCGGCACGACGGGCAAGCCCAAGGGCGUCGUCCGCGACCACGGUGGUCACAACGUCGCGCUCAAGUGGGCGAUGCAAAACAUCAUGGGCAUGAACCCGGGCGAGACGUACUGGGCGGCCUCGGACUUUGGCUGGGUCGUCGGCCACUCGUUCAUCGUCUACGCGCCGCUCUUCCACGGCUGCGCAACCGUGAUCUACGAGGGCAAGCCCGUGGGCACCCCGGACGCCGGAGCAUUCUGGCGCGUCAUCUCGAGCUACAACGUCAAAGCGCUCUUCACGGCCCCGACCGCGCUCCGUGCGAUCCGCAAGGAAGACCCGGAUGCGACGUUUUUGCACCAGUACAAGAAACACAUGUCGCACCUCAAGACGCUCUUUGUGGCCGGCGAGCGCGGCGAUCCGGCGACGAUCCAGUUCUUCACCGACCAGCUCCAGCUGCCGAUCGUCGACAACUGGUGGCAAACUGAAAUUGGCUGGCCCGUCUGCUCGCAGAUGAUGGGCAUGGACCAGCGUGACGCCAACGGCAGUGAGCACCCAGGGAUCAAGUACGGGUCGGCGUCGCGGCCGGUCCCGGGCUUUGACGUUGUCCUGCAAGACAAAUUUUACGCGACCGAAGACAAGACGCACGAGCACGACCCGAACGACGUGGCUGAAGGCAGCAUCCUCCUGCGCCUGCCAUUACCGCCAGGCACGUUCACUACCUUGUACAACAACGACGUCGAGUACGUGAGCAAGUACAUGGACGAGCAUCCGGGCUACUACACGACGGGCGACGCCGGGCACAUUGACGACGACAACUACGUCUACAUCAUGUCGCGCACCGACGACAUCAUCAACGUGGCCGGCCACCGGCUCUGCACCGGCGCGAUCGAAGAAGUCAUUCAAACCGACGACAACAUUGCCGAAUGCGCGGUUGUCGGCGUCGCCGAUGCGCUCAAGGGGCACAUUCCAGUGGCAUUUGCAGUGCUAAAGUCCAACACGACAGCCUCGAAAGACGAGGUCGCGUCCGCGAUCGUCGCCCGCGUCCGGUCGCAGAUUGGGAGCUUUGUGUGCUUAAAGGACGUGCUCAUCGUGGACCAGCUGCCAAAGACCCGGUCCGGCAAGAUUGUCCGGCGCACGAUCCAAGCGAUCGCUGACUCGCGCCCGUACACGGUGCCCGCGACGAUCGAGAACGAGUCGGUGCUCGUCGACAUUGCAAAGUCGCUUCAGACCAUCGGGUACGCCAAGUAGUCGCGUUGCCCAGUGUCGUGUCGUCUGGUGUCGUACAACUAAGCUAUAUUACGUAACCCAUUCUUGUGUUCCCA